GUGUGAGCAUUGACACCCACCUAUUUGCACCCACUGGGUCAGUUACUGACAGUUUUCCGCUGCAGAUGUAACUUCAGUCUUUGACCUCAUUUCUUCUGGAAGAGUGUGAACAACCAAGAGUGGAGGAUGCUCAAGUUGUACGUGCUGUUUGUUCUUCUUCACAGAGCAGAUUGUACUCUGCUCUACGCUCACCCUGGACAGAAUGUGACCUUAAGGUGCUCCUUUGACCCCAGUGCCUCAUAUUUGAGCUGGUACAAGCAGGUCGCAGGAGAGGAACCUCAAAUAAUAUCCUCCUUCUUCAAAAGUUCGAAGAACAGCUUCCACAACCAGUUCCGAAAAGACAAGCGCCUUUCGGUUCACACUGGGGCCGAGUUCUACAAUCUGCUCAUCUCUCACGUGCAGGACUCGGAUUCAGCGAUGUAUUACUGCGGACACACCGUCAUAGCAACCACUGAAUUCUAUAAAGGAAUAUUUUUGGUGCUAAAAGAGUCUGGUCACAAGUCUUACAUUCUGCAGCCGGCGUCCGACUCAGUGCAGCCAGGAGGCUCUGUGAACCUGAGCUGUGCGGUGCGCACCGGGACCUGUGAUGGAGAGCACGAUGUGUACUGGUUCAAGAAGGACUCAAAAAACUCCACGCUGGGAAUCAUGUACAUCAACCCACACAGCAGCAGUCGGUGUGGUCGGGACCCCAGGGAUGAGCCUCCUGAACACAGAUGUGUGUACAGCUUAUCGAAAAGGAACGUCGGCACGUCCGAGGCCGGGACGUACUACUGUGCCGUGGCUCACUGUGGAGAUAUUUUGUUCGGGGAUGGAACCAGACUGGAUGUUGAAAGGAAAGACGAUGACCUCUCCACCGCCUUGAUGUGUUGCGUGGCUGCAGCUCUACUUGUGUCUGUAAUCUUGAACAUAAUCCUCCUCUCUAUCCUGUGCAAAAUGUUCAGGAGGAAACUUCUUUACUCUGGAGGGCUGCAGCAUCAGUCCACUGUCCAAGACUUCACCGCUGACAAUCAGAAUCCAGACUUGGAUACUUUGCAGUACGUUGCUCUGGACCUCAAAAAGGGGCACAACAAGAGCCGGAGACUGAGGAGCCCAGAGGAGGAGACGGUCUACUCUGCAGUGAGAAAGUCUACAUAAAGUGAAGUUUUCUGUUUUAUUAGAAUCAAAGUGUUUCCAGUUAUAACCCCUGCUGCUCUCCUUCUACGCCCUGCUACUUCAGUUUCUCUUAUAUCUUUAUAAUAUGAUCCAGAUUUAUGCUCCUUACACAUUUAAUAACGUUAAAUCCUGCGUUUACUCCACAUCUAUGUAAAUAGUAUAUUCCUACAAGUAUAUAAUAAAUACCAUUUCUAUAAAUAA